GUUGCAUUGGAAAAUGCUUACAAAACACUUGGUCUUACACAUUCUUGUUCAAAUGGUGAAAUUAAUUCUGCUUAUCAUCGUCUCGCACUGAAACAUCAUCCAGAUAAAGGUGGUUCAAAAGAAGAUUGGCUUGCUCUUGAAAGUGCUCUGGCAUUAAUUAGACAAGCACGUGGAGAAGGUAUUUGA